AUGUCGCGCAAGAUUUUCAAGUGCACGGACGGCAAUGGAUUGUCGCGCCGGCAACCGUCCGUCGAAGAGGGUUCAGAUGUGCCAGACAUGACACUGCAAGGAAUGGCCGUCUGCAAUGAUACGAAUGCUGUGCGGUCAUAUUUUUGCUACAAGUGCGGCAAGACUGGACAACCACAAGACCAUGACUGCAAACCGACCGGCAAGCUCUGCGGAGAAGCACACGAAAGUGCAAGUACAGAGUGCAAGAAGAGACUGAAGCCAAGCCCUCCACCCUACAAUAUAUGGCAACAGUGCCUUAACAGACUACAAGAAAGAGACAACCGCUGGAGCUCCAGCAGUGAAGAGUUCCCGGAGCUGGGCACUUCGGCCACCAGCUCGAGCAGUGUCAGUGCGGGCAGCUCGCCCAGGCGCAACAGCUCCAAGCCAAUACUGCUAAGUGCUUCGCGCUCACUUUCCCGCUCUCGCUCCCGCUCACACAAACGCGCGAGCUACGCCGAUGCGGUAAACGGUUCGAGCGACUCGGGUGGUACGAGCACCUUGGAUGCAUCGGCCGAAGCGGCAGUCAUACGAGUCCUAGAAAACAAGCAGCAGAACCAGCAGAGCAAACUGCAGAAUCAGCACAGCCAAUUGCAAAGCCAGCAAAACCUCAUAGACAAGCUACUCCGCAGUCAACAGAAACAGCAAGAGCUCACCGACAAACUGCUUCAAAAAUGCAAAGAACAACAAGAACUCACAGACAAGCUGCAUCAAAAAUGCCAAGAGCUCGAAAACAUAAACAAACAGUCGGGAACGACGUUGACCAAGGCUGACGUUGAAGCUAUAGUAGAUGCAAGCAAAGAAUACUCUGGAAAACCGAAUCCAGAACUCGACCGACCCUUCACGCAGGCCGAAAUCCACGUAGCCCUAUCCAAGCUGACUAGAAAUACUAGCCCUGGUAAAGACCGGAUCGCUAACAAACACCUACGCAACCUACUGCCGCAGGCCACCGAGGCUUUCCUCCGUUACUACAAUGAGUGCUGGGAGAAAGAAGAACUGCCUGCUGUGUGGAAACACUCGGACAUCACCAUGAUCCCAAAGCCCAACAAACCUCUCAGCUUGGAGAACCUACACCCAAUUUCCCUCACCUCGUGCGCGGGAAAGCUUUUCGAACAUAUGGUUCACGAUCGCAUUACCCAGUACCUGGAAGACAACGGCCACCUACCAGACACCAUGUUCGGCUUCAGGCAGCACCUCUCAACGCAGGACGUGCUCUUACAACUAAAAGAAGGCCUUCUAGAUCACCUACACAAUCGAAGCAAAUACUCCAUAGUGGCAGUAGACGUCAAGGGAGCCUUUGAUAACGUUAGCCACGACGCGGUCCUCAACAAUCUCGAAGACACCGGCUGA